AUGCCGAAAGCAGGAGAAGAGGAGGAAAAAACGUCCAUCGUCGUGCAAAGUUCGACUACACCUUCAAUACGCCCACCAUCAGAAUUGACAUGGUCAGGUAAUAUGUCAGAAAAUUGGUCGUUUUUCAAACAAAAAUUUAAAAUCUACAUGGUUGCUAGCAAAAGUGAAAAAGAGACUAGUGAUUAUCAAAUCGCUCUCUUACUGUCAGUCAUUGGUGAUCGUGCUCUGAAAAUCUACAACAAUUUUCAGUAUUCAACAGGAGAAGACAAGCACAAGUUAGAGACUGUAAUAUCUAAGUUUGAUAAUUAUUUUAUACCCACUAAAAAUGUAACUUAUGAACGUCAUAUUUUCUUUUUGCGUGAGCAAAACCUUGAUGAAAAUAUAGACUCUUUUGUAACUGAUCUUAGGGAUUUGUCUAGCUCAUGUGAGUUUGGUCAGUUAACAGACAGUUUAAUCAAAGACAAACUCAUUUUGGGUAUUAGAAAUAGAACAUUGAAAGACCGACUUUUGCAAACUAAAGACCUAGAUUUAAAUAAAGCUUUGGAAAUAUGUAGGGCUUCAGAAACUGCUAGCAAACAAUUAGGAGAUAUUUGCUCAGACACUAGAUCGGCAAGUAUAGACGUGCACAAAAUUGCAAGCAAGGAUUGCAAGAAAGGGCAACAUGUGACGUCACGAUCAAACAGCUUCAUACGCAAUCGUAGCAGACCGACUUCAGCAGAACGGCUGCACUCGCAGACGACGCAGACUCAUCUAAAAAAGGGCUUCAUCAACAACAACAAACAGAAGUUUCAGUUUGUGUGUUCCCGUUGUGGUUACAAUCAUGCUUAUGGUAAAUGCCCUGCAUUCGGUAAGAAAUGUGCAAAGUGUGGUGUUUUGAAUCAUUUUGCUACUAAAUGCAAAAAUAAGAAUGUAAAUAUGUGUAAUGUUAUUAAUGAUUCCAGUGAAGAUGAUGAUAAUUUGUUUGUAGGGGAGAUACAUGUUGUCUCAAACAAAAAUAAAUAUGGGACCGUGCAUAGUGAUUCCGAGGGGAAUCAGAAAUGAAAUGCUCAAAAGGUUACAUUAUCCACAUCUAGGGGUAACCAAAACUCAGCUCAGGGCAAAAAAUGUAAUGUAUUGGCCGCAAAUGAACUCCCAAAUCUCAGAUGUUAUAUCAAAGUGUGAAACAUGUAUUUUGAAUGCAAACAGCAAUGUAAAGGAACCUCUGAUGCCACACAAGGUACCAAAGCUACCUUGGGACAAGGUAGGCAUUGAUAUUUUCUUUUUUGAAGAUAAAAAGUUUUUACUAGUUGUCGAUUAUCUUUCUAAAUAUGUUGAAGUUGUGAUCUUGCAAAAUAUGACUAGUGUUUAUGUUGUAAAUAGUUUGAAAUCUGUAUUUAGCAGACAUGGUAUUCCUAGAGUUGUGAUUUCUGGUUUUGAUACUAGUUUUAACAGUAGUGAGUUUGAUAAUUUCUCAAAGUGUUGGGAAUUCAAACAUGUACGCACAAGUCCUCAUUAUUCGCAAUCAAAUGGGAUGGUAGAAAGAGCUGUUCAAAGUGUUAAAAAUCUGAUCAAAAAGUCUGUGCUAGAAAAAACUGAUUUGUAUUUGGCUCUCUUAGAAUUAAGAAAUACGCCAAUCAGUUGUAAUCUGCCUUCUCCAGCAGAAAUUCUUUUCAGUAGGAAACUUAAUGGUAUUUUGCCAUGUCAAGAAAAAAUGCUUAGGCCUAGAGUACAGAAAAAUGUUAGAAAAAACUUAAUUUUAAGACAGGACUCUCAAAAAAGGUAUUAUGAUAGAGGUGCAAAGCCCUUAAGGCCUUUGCAGGUAAAUGAACAUGCCUUGAUGAAAUACAAAAACAAAUGGGUAAAAGGUCAAAUUGUUGGAAAGAGAGAUGAGCCUAGGUCUUAUAUUGUACAAAGUGAACGUUCAGACAAGACUUAUGUUAGAAACAGACGGGAUCUCCGUCCAUUCAAUGUAUCAUGUAAGCCUUAUUUUGUCAGUAGUAAUGAUGUACCUGGUAUUAACCCGA